GUGGGUGUGGAGGUGGAGAGGAAGGUGGACACAGCAGAAUGGCACACAGCAGCGAGAACCAGCCGCCAAUCUUCCCAAACAGCUUCUUGCAGGACUUCAAUUUGACCUCCUGCAGUAGUACAAGUGACGAGGAGCAACCAUGCCUGGCCUCGUGCAGGAGAACCCUCACAUCCACCGCCAGAACUAGUACACCCAAGAGCCACAGAACCCCAAGGAGUCUUCAUGAGUCUUGUGACAGGAUGGAGAAGAGAGAAGUGGCCAGUGUGAGCACAGAGUUUCAAGAGGCGAGGCUGACUGACACUACUGCUAGCUCCGAUACUGACCAGGAGAGUCCCAUGGGCUAUACCACCACCACCACCACCACCACCACUACUGCCACCACCACCACCUCCACUGCUGCUGCUGCCGCCAACAGAGACACCCCAUUCAACAGCAAGCCAUGGAGUGUGAAGGACAUCUCAUACCUGCUGGAGGGGAUGCGGAGACAGCUGCCGAGGGUGGACAACAAGAGCUGCCUUCACACUGCCAAGAAGAUCAACUGGGAGGACGUUGCCUUUGACUUCUACACGGCUGAGGACUGCAGGAAAGCUUUCGAGUUCCUUCUCAGUAACAUUAAGCUGGUGAAAACAAUGACAGCUGUGAUUGCAGAGUUACAAGACAAAGUGCCAAGUGGUAAGCUGAAGGCAAGUCUUAUCCUGCAGCCACGCCAGCAGUUUGUGAGGGACUUUGCAAGGAAGAACAAGGGAGUGGUGGCUGGGAUUGACUUAUUUGCCGCAAGUGCUGAGGCGUGGAGGAACCUGCCAGCUGAUGAGAAGGAACAAUACAGGAGAGAUUACAUCGCUGCCAAGGAGAAGGAGAUUGCCUGCAUGACAGUUGACGAACCUCCAGUACGUCCCAAGAUUCCCUUCGAGCUGUAUUAUGAGGAGCUGUGCAAGAGGAAGGGCAAGAAGAACCUGGAUUUGAAGGCAGUGGCGAGGCAAAGGUACAGAGAAAUGAAUCCUAAGAAGAAGUUGAAGUAUAUCGCCAUGUCUGCCACGGAACUGUACACUUUUGAGCUUCAGGCAGCCAAACACCUUCUGCAGCAGCCUCAGUGGGUGGUUCCUGCACAGCGUGGCCCCAGCAGAGAGGACAGCGAGUUGUACCUAAAAUCUUUAGGCAUGCCAAACCGUCCCCCAAACACAGCCAGCAUCCUCUACUACCACCAAAAGAUGAAGGAGGGAAAGUUUGACAGCAUUCACAAGAGCAUGCGAUUCUUCCAUGCCAUCGACCAGUUUAGAAAGCUCAAUGAACACAAGAAGAGGAAGUAUAGAGAGAAACACAAGCAGAUGGUUCAAGAAUACUCAAAGGAAUAUGAAAACUGGAGGAAGAAUCAGAAUGAGGUUGUUCGGAGCCUUGCGGACAGACUGUUUGGCAAGAAGCAAGUGUUACCCUCAGGAACACUCUGCUGGCUCCAGGAAUCGUCCCAGAUGAGAGAGGAAGCAGCACCCAGCGAGACCAGACUGGAGAAAGUGAGUGUCUGUGCUGGGAGGCAGAGAGGGCCUGCUGCCACCACCACAGGGAACACCAGGCUAUAGAAAACCAGUCUGCUGAACCCCCAGAGAACAAGGAGCCCUGCCAGGACCUUCCCUCGCCAGACAUGAAGAAACUACGGCAAAUAUGCAAGCAGGAGGUGUUUUUCAACGUGGAGCAACCACUGGAGGCACGCAUGGACAAAAUCACACUCUUGGUUAACGGUACGACUUUCUACCCAGCAAAGUGAGGCAGAAGUUCAAUGACGCCUUCAGGAAGUGGAAGUACUCCCUGCAGGCCUCUAUCAUUGUGGAUGUGAGGAGGAUGGGCACACACCACCGCCGGGAGUUCCUUGAAAGACACCGAGGCAUUUGCAAGCAGUUCUUCAAGCAUGACAUCUUCAAAUCUGUCUUCCCUUCUGACACAUAAGCUUGUAAAUGUGUCAUGGGGAAAUUAAAGGAAAGGAUGACCUAUAUUUGUUGAUCUAUUCGCCACCGGGAGUUCCUCAAAAGACACCAAGGCAUUUGCAAGCAGUUUUUCAACCAUGGCAUCUUCAAACCUGCCUUCCCCACUGACACGUAAGCUUGUAAACUUGUCAGGGGGAAAAGCAAAGUAAAAGAUGACCUGUGUUUGUUGAUCUACUUGCUGUUAUUACUAUUUUUAUUGAUUUUUACUCGUCAAGGUGAAGAAAAGAAUGAGGUGCAGUUGUUUGUUUUGUUUAUUUCUAUUGUUCUUUUUUACUAGUUACGAUAGAAGGAGUGAGUGUUUACCUGUAGGGAAACAAAAUAAUGGCCUAUGUUUGUUUGUUUUAUUGUUGUUGCUGUGUAUUUUCAUUGGUUCUCAUUAAAGAAAGGAUUUUUAGCUUAUAGGGAAAGAAAGUCAUCUGUAUUUAUUUAUUUUGUUUUAAAAGUUAGAUAGAUGAGAGAGAGAGGAGGUGGGAGAAAUAAACACAACAAACAGA